ACAAAAAAAAAACUUAAAUUUUAGCUUAGAAAAACUCCCAAAAAUUGUAAAACAUUUACCAUGAAAUUUCGUUUCUGUGGCGAAGGCGAUUGCCCCGACUGGGUUCUGGCUGAGAUCAUAUCCACGCUCUCCAACUUAAGCAUCGAAAACCUGGAAGAACUCAGCGAUCUAGUGGCCUUGCGUAUUUGUGGACAGAGCUUAGAGGAAACGAAAAUAAAAGCGCUGACCUCUUCGCUUACCAAUGAAGGCAAAACUGCUGUGGCCUGCAUUGAUUUUAUGUUAAUCAGCGCAGCUCGCUAUAGCUGUACGGAAAGUAUUUUUGGUGAGGAGAUCCAGCAAUUGGGACUGCCCAAGGAUCAUGCCGCAGCCAUGUGCAGGGUUCUGCAAAAGCAUUCCGCUGGCAUACAGCAAACACUGAAGAACAAAGCUUUUAAAAUCAACGAACUGCAAAGCGUUCGCAAAGUAACCACACCCGGACGACUGCCUUCAACUUUUACCACCUUGGAAGUAAAAAUCUCGCAAGAAUUGGUCGAUGGCUUGCCAAAGGAUACAACUCAUGUCUUCAGCAUGGAUCGACCACAAAUGGAGGCUCUGCUGGCGGAGCUGAAAUUGGCACGCGAAGUAAUGCAGAAAUAUGAAAACAAAACAGGUUCCUAAAAAUAUCACAAAAAUAUGCUUUGUCAGCUAUUAUUAAAAGAUUUACAUAAUUAGUAACUGAUUGUUAGCAAAACGUAAAGUAAAAUCUACUUGCAAUAUUAUUUUUAAUUAUCUCUUAUUUCCAGUCUGAAGUUCCAGAAUAUUUUUAUGAAAAUUUGCAAUAAUAAAUUAUUAGGCAUGAAAAACAAAA